UGCGUCAACGACAUCUCCAACGAGCAGACCAGACACACACGCAGACACAGAUACUGACACACACUACAGAGCGGAGAAGUGGGAGAGGGAUUCCGUCACAUUUUGUUUGUUGUGUGUGCCUUGCCCUGCCCACUUUGACUGGAGGAGUCACCCGAUAGUGACAAAAUACCACCCAAAGGGCCGUUUGAGAGAGGGAGAGAGAGAGAGAGAGAGAGAGGGAAAUAUUCUCUCUUUCCAUUCUUCUCAGUGUUGAGAUUUCUAUUACUUUUCCGAUUUCCUUUUGACACCCUUGGGUUUCUAUCUCUCGCGGGAAGAACGAGAAAAUCGAGGAUAACGGCAGAACCACACGAUCACCACUGCGGCAGCAGACAACGACGACGGCACCAGUGCUUGUCUCCGUAUCCCAGCACGGGCUUCUGUCUCCCUUGGACAUCCAGAGACCGUCAGACACAAAUUCUCACGACAACAUGACCAUGUCCUCCCCGCCUGAGGUAUUGGCUUCCUCCGUGCCCCGGGUCGGGGUCGGGGUGUUCGUCCUGCACGCCGACCCCAAUGACGCCGCCCAACCCGCCGCGCGAUCCACGGCGCAACGGCCCAAGUUUCUCCUCGGCCAGCGCCUGGGCUCGCACGGCGCGGGGACCUGGGCCCUGCCCGGCGGACACCUGGAAUUCGGCGAGUCGCUCGAGGAGUGUGCGGUGCGUGAAGUGCGCGAGGAGACCGGGCUCGAGGUGGAAAGGGUCGAGUUUCUCACCGCGACCAACGACGUCAUGCCGUAUGAACCGUCCUCCAAGGUCACGACGAUGACGCGGGGAGCAGAAGGAGAUGAAGGGGCCGUGGGCGUGGGCGUGGGCGUGGGCGGGAAGCACUAUGUGACUAUCUUCAUGACCGCGAGGGUCAAGACGGCCGCCGUCAAUAACGACGACGAUACACAAAACAAGGCCACAGCGAAGGCCACGGCGAUGCCGCAGGCGAAACUGCUCGAGCCCGACAAAUGCGCCGGCUGGGAGUGGGUGUCGUGGGACGACCUGACGCGCUGGGCCAGGCCGCAGCUCGCGUUGCGCGACCGCGAGGGAGGCCCCGGCCCCGAGGCCACGGCAGACACAUCAGAACCGCACCACCCGCAUUCGGCAUCCGAGAGCACAGCGCGAGAUCAAGGCAUGGCCAGCUCGGCACACGCGGAGGAGCAGAACGGCGUCGGUGUCGUGCGAGCACAUGGCUCGACGCACUUGCAAGGGAGGACAUCCCGCACGUUGUUCUUGCCCAUGAUCUCGCUCCUGGUCCAGCGGCCUGGAGUGAUCCCCGGCCAGACCUGAGACGGCCGCGCCGGGAAUUCCUUGUCAGAGGUCGGCCUCCAUAUUCCCCCCAAGAUGGGGCGCCUCUUUGAACCAGCUUUCGGCAACGCCUAAACAUCGAGAAAAUAUACAUAACAUGUCGAGAAACGCCUCGCUGGCCAGAGCAACAGAACAAAGCACAGCACAACGAAGAAUGCUUGCAGAACCUGCCUGAUACACGCGAGCGAGAGCACGUUUUGUGACAGGACGUCAGAUGGGGAAAAAGGAGAGUGGACGGAUGCGGAUGCCAUUGUCUUCUCGACUCCUGUGUAGCCAGAAUAAUGCAACAAAGAUUUCCAUCCCUUCAAUUCGCCAAACCCUCUCUUGCCGCUUUCUUGUCGAUGCUCCCCUUUCCGCCAAAGCAAGCACGUCCAAAUCACCCCCCCUGCUGCGCCGCAACUCCUACCAACAUAAGAGGCUUCAACCCAUGCAGGAUAUCCAAAAUGCAGAACCGGGGGCGAUCCGAUGCAAAAGUGGCUGUGAUCUGAUUUCCUCGACCAAUAGUCCGUCCGUCACUCGUUCCUCGUCGCGUCGCGUUGGUUCUUGCUGAGCAGGCCGUCACUUCGUCAAUUAAGUCAUGUUUGACAGAUGGCCUCAAGGCUGGAGACUCCCUGUGGCGUGCACGCU